AUGGCAAUACGGCUUGAAGAUGAAUAUGGGAGGGGGUUACCGGAUUUAUCUGAUAUAGAGUCUCAAGAUUAUAAUAGUAUAGGUUCAGAUCCCUCGGUAUUUACAAAAAUAAUCAAUUGUCCACGGAUAUACAAUAUCCCAGCAUUGAAUUUCGUUAUCAUCGGCAUUUUAGGAACAUUUUUGCUUAAAUUAACUACUAAAUAUACCGGAUUGUAUAUGAAGAAUUCGUUAAUUACCAUAAUUGUGACUAAUCUUGUUUUAUAUGGUAUAUCUGAAACAUUGGCACAGUCUCUUCUAUGUUAUAAUCCAACUGAACCAAGACUAAGUUUUAAAUUUCACAGGAAUACUGCGGGAUUUGGGGACAUUUCAUUUAAUCCUAAUAACUACAGAGUUCACGAGAGCCGCGAUGGCAGUCUUGAUGAUGAACACGUUGCUGCAGAGAGUGAUGAUGAGGUCUUAAACAGGUUUAUAGAUUACAUUCAGGAUGAUGAUUCUACGUCUGAGGGUCCAUCUAUGCAACCUUACAAUCCAGAUUUGACGCCCUUGCCAUCAGAGCUGAUAGAAUUAACAUUUUUCCAAUUCAACAGAUUAGCUGGGUUUAUGUGCUGGGGUUUUAUUAUGGCAUUUGUUCAAUGCUGGUGGUACAAAUUCUUACAAAUAUACUCCAAAGAUCCAAAAUUUAUUGAGGUUCUUAGAAAAGUGUUAACAGAUCAGUUAUGCUUCUCACCCGUUUCGCUUUUUUGCUUUUUCACAUAUGGGACUAUUGUUCUCGAAAGUGGUAAUUGGAACGACGUAAAGGCCAAGUUGGAUAGAAUCUACUUGAAAACAUUAUUAAUAAACUAUUCUGUGUGGUUUCCCGUACAAUUCUUCAAUUUUCUAUUAGUUCCUAGAGACUUCCAAGUACCGUUUAGUUCGUCUGUCUCGGUGUUAUGGAAUUGUUUCUUAUCGAUGAGAAAUUCAAGUGCAUAG